AUGGCUCUAAUGAACCACCUUGCUCCUGUGGAAGUCACAUCCAAGAACAUGAGAUUUCUUAUUACACACAAUCCAACCAAUGUGACCUUAAACAAAUUUAUAGAGGAGCUUAAGAAGUAUGGAGUUAUCACAAUAGUAAGAGUAUGUGAAACAACUUACGACACUACUCUUGAGGAGAAAGAAGACAUUCAUGUUCUUGACUGGCCUUUUGAUGAUGCUGCACCACCAUCCAACCAGAUUGUCAAUGACUGGUUAAGUCUUGUGAAGAUUAAAUUUUGUGAAGAACCUGGUUGCCGUAUUGCUGUCCAUUGUGUUGCACGCCUUGGCAGAGCUCCAGUGCUUGUUGCCCUAGCAUUAAUUGAAGGUGGAAUGAAAUAUGAAGAUGCAGUACAAUUCAUAAGACAAAAGCGGCGCGGAGCUUUUAACAGCAAGCAACCUUUGUAUCUGGAGAAAUACUGUCCGAUAAUGCGGCUCCGCUUCAAGGAUUCCAAUGGUCAUAGAAACAACUGUUGUAUUCAAGAAACCUGGGGUGCCUGAUGCUAUUGCCUUGGAAGUGGAACUUCAGAUGGGACCUGAUUUGUCAUACCUAUUACCCAAUGUGUCGGCUUACCUAAUAAGUCUACUGAAGCUCCACAGGAAUAUUGAAA